AUGACGUUGGAACACUUCCACAUCGUUGUCAGCCUUUUAGGAUACUUUCUAGUAAGAGGAUCGCUCGCCCAAUGCCCAUGGCAUCAAGAUGUUGUAAAUUUACAAACUUCAUGUUUAUGUGCAUAUAAUUUGGGACAAGAGCUUUCCGUUCAGUGCGAUCAGGUUGAUUUCACUACUUUGAUUGCAGCUUUAAACAAAUAUGCUAAAUUAACACCAAUCGAUUUACUUUACAUUAAUAACUCGACUAUCAGAAAAUUAGAAAAUAAAGUUUUUCAAAAUCUUCAACUACAUAAUGUUCAAUUAAGCAGUUGUAAAUUGAAACAAAUUGACGAGAAUGCUUUUCAUGGACAAGAAGCACAUUUGAAGAAUUUAAACCUUCAAGAUAAUAUGCUUGAAGAAGUUCCAGUGAAAACCUUGAGUUCAUUGACGAGACUUAAUCUUUUAGAUUUGUCGAAGAAUAAAAUCAAUCACAUUCCUAACGAUGCUUUUAAAGGUUUAACUAAAUUAUCAACACUUAAGCUUAUGGACAACAACAUUACUUUAGCACGUUUUUCAUUGCGUGGAUUGGAAAAUUGCUUAAAGAAUUUGAAUCUUAAGGGUACGAAACAGAAACGAGUACCAGAAGCUGUAAGAGGGAUGAAAUCUUUAGCCUUUUUGGAUCUGUCGUUAAACGGAAUUCGCGAAUUGCCCGGGUCUAGUGGCAUUCGAACAUUCGAGGGAUUGGAUUCACUAAGUGCACUUAAUUUAGAGAGGAAUUUGAUUUCAUCGCUAGGUGAAUCGGCUUUUCAAGGCGUUCGAAAAACAUUAAGCUCUUUAAGUUUGUUGAACAAUCUGCUAUCGGAAUUUCCAGUUGGUGCUGUACACUCGCUCAAAGAACUGCGAGUGUUGGACAUUGGAUUUAAUCUCUUGACGUCAUUGCCUGAAACAGCUUUUCGUGGUAAUCCGGCUGUGACUUUAUUGGCACUCGAUGGAAAUCCUCUUCCAACUAUUCCUGAGAAAGCAUUAGCGCAUAUCAACAAAACUCUGCGAGGUCUUUCACUUGGUGGACGAUUCCUUCAUUGUGAUUGCAAACUUAGAUGGGUUGCUGAAUGGAUUCGAAAUGGUGACUUGCAAGUGACUUCUCGCGAGCGCAACCCUCAAUUUUGUGGAUCUCCAGGAAGGUUCCGAGACAGAGGAUUCUAUUCAAUUCAACCUGAAGAGUUGAUUUGUGCUGAAACAGAUAUUGAAACUAAUGGGCCGAUUGGAGUUGUUGAUUCACUUGUUCCAAAACCUUUCUCUGCUGCACCGACGCCUUCAUCGACAACACUUUUUGUUACACCAUCAACCGUUUCUUUGAAUUCAACAAUACACUAUACCAGUGGAUCCAGAAAUCCUUUGCUGUCAACAUCGGUGCUAACAACCACCACAGUUAAAACAAUAAAAUCAUCACAUUCGAAAAAUUCAUCGCAACGACCAAUCGAAACCACAACUAAACAUCCAAAAGCUUCUUUAUCGACAACUCAAGUGAAUGUUGAACAUGGAAAAGCAACGACAAAAGCUCCAGUAAGAAAUGCAAAUAAUUGGAGACAAAAUUCAAAUCAACCAUCGCAUAAGCAACGUCCGCCUUUAGUUCUUGGCUUUCCACCUCAAAGAGGUCAACAAAUCGAUGAGUCGAAGGAAGUUCAGGUUAAAAAUGCUUUCAGCAGACAAGAUAGUUCAGUCAUUAUUCAAUGGGAAUCUGAUACGUCGAAUAUUCUUGGCUUUCGAGUGGUGUAUCGAUUGUUCGGAGACAAAAGCUUCAAACAAGGCCCUCCACUUGAAUCAACUGAAAGGGAAUUUAAGAUAAAGAAUGUCCCGAAUCAAGAGUGUAUUGUUGUGUGCGUUGUUUCUUUGGAAGAUCUCGCAAUAACUCCAGAGAAUGUGCCUUAUCAACAAUGCCGAGAAGUGCGUACGGUUACCGCACAAACAUCCAAUAUGGAUAAAAUCACGAUUUUAGCAAGUGCCGCUAUAUGCGGGACAAUCAUCAUUGCUGUUGUCAUUUUCAUAGCAGCAAGCAGACGACGUUCAAAAAAACUUCGAGCUAUUCAUUCAUCUCUUAAAAAUCCAUUGCCGAUUGCGGGACUUCCAGUUAACUGCUGUGCUCCAACGCCAAGUCCUAACGGUCCACUAGGAUCACUGGCCACACUACAAGUUUAUAACUCGCACAAGGAUUGGGACCAAGUUUCAACUUACAGCGGCCGCUCUAUUCAGAGACCGAUAAUUUUUGGUAUAGAUCAACCACUAAGCAUAGCUGACGACAUGAGAAGUCACGUAUCACAUUUCUCAGCAGUUGGAGCAAAGAUGGGAAAGCCAAGAUCAAUUGCAGAUGGUCAAUCACAUCAUAGCUAUUCAAAUCAAUCUCACCGUGGUUAUUCAAAUUCAGCAUUUGCAUCUAAUUUGGUUAGCUCAAGACCUGAACUGAGACAAUCAAGAACAUCUUUAGCAGCAGCUUCGGAGAGAGUUUCACGAGCAUCGUAUGCUGGAUCCUACCACGGUGGCCCAAAUAGUGUUACAUCAUCAACGCGACGAACACGACCAAGAUCACGCUCAAGAGAUCAGUUAAAUGGUGUGCAUUUGCAUUCCAAUCGACCCAGCAGCAGAUUCUCAACGAAUGGCUCCGUUCAUAAUCUCAGCAAUUGCUAUGAUACAUCUGACAACUGGACAGAUAAUGAUAUGGAAAUUUAUAUGGCAAGAAAUGCAACAGCAAGAACUGGAUUGGUGCCAUUAUGAGGCCGGCUUUUUAUUUCCUGAUGCUUUGAAGUCUUUUUUGAUGUGGAUUCAAUCUUAUGAUAUUUGUAUGACUACGAUAGACAUCAUGAAAACAGAUCUAGCGUAGCAAGCGAUUCUUUUCUUUUUAUUAUAUCUCAAAGCGAAAUACGAGAGUUGUUUGAUAAUACAUCAGAAGAAAUCCACAAUGAAAUUUGAAGUCGUCUUUGACUCGUUUGAAAAGCAAUUAAGGGGAAGCGGAGACAGUGCCAAUUUUUUUUUCAUUCUCAUUUUAUCACUAUUAACAGCGCACACUCAAAAUAACAUUAAGAUUUCGUCGUCGUUCAACAAAUGUGAAAAAAAAAAGUCAAUCAAAAUACGAUCUUAAAAGCUUAGCUUGUGCUAUUCUUCUUGAAAUUCUUAUCUAUUAAUUUCAAAUUUGUUAUUUCGAUUAUGUAUAUUUAUAUCCUUCGAAUAGCAAUUAUUUAUGAAGUGCAAUGUAGCUGAUAAUUGUUAUAGUAAAUAUUAAAUAAAAUUUAUUGAAGUCUUAAUUAUUACCAAACUAUUUGAGGAUUUAAUAAAUCGGACCCUUCCUUCACAUGUGAAUGUAAAGUUUGCAACAAUAUAAACUUUUAGUAUCAAUAAAUAAGUAAUAAUAGAAUCUUUGUAACGUUAGAUUUAAGAUAGGAAAAUCAUGAAUUAAUUGUUGAAAAUAAAUUGAGAAAUAUGAAUCUAGAACAAAAAGUUAAUAUUUUGAUAAAAAGAUAAAAGUGAAUAAUUAUUAAGUUUGAACUUUUAACAUAUCAUAGUUGAUACUAAGUGUACAUAAAAUACUUUUACAUAAAACAUAAUUUAUUCAUUAACAUUCAGAAAAUAUAUCAAGUUAAGUGAUUAUUUAUAAUUUAAACUUACAUCGUCU